CUUAAAUAUCAAUCAAGAAGUGAGGCGGGAGAGAGAGAUCGAGAGAGAGGCGACCAGGGGUUUGAUCAAUCUUGCAUUGUGCUUCAAUAUCGACGUUGAGAGCCAGAUUUCGAAGUGGGUUUCAGGUUUCGUCCGACGGAAGCCGAGCUCGUCGAUUUCUACCUUCGGAGGAGGACGCGAGGAGACCUCACGACACCGAAGCGUUUCGUUCAGGAGCUCGACGUCUACAAGCGCCAGCCGUGGCACCUCCCGCAUCACCUCUUCCCGCACUGCGACGCGGAAGAGAAGGAGAUGUACUUCUUCACUCGGAGACGCCGCGCGAGUAUAGCAACAGCUCCAAAAGAUUCAACCGGGGCGUCGACGAAGGAGGUUCGUGGGUCGGUCACGCCGCGGGCAGGCCCAUCUACAAAACAGAACAAGCUGGGGAUAACAAGGAGGAGAUCGAGAUCGGGCACGGGGCGCAGUUGGCGUUCAAGUUGUUCGAUGAUCCCAGCGAUAAGAAGAGUAAGAGGGGCACCACGUGGGUCAUGCACGAGUAUCGCCUCGUCGAUGACAAGGCUGAUGACGUUGUGCUCUGCAGAAUCCACAGGAGGAAGGGCAAGGGAAAGGAGGAGGAGGAGGAGAGGGUGGCACCGGUGAUUGAUACGCAACGGAGGGAACUGAUGGAGGUGGAGGCGGAGCAAAGGCGAGUGAAGAGGCGGAGAACAGGAGGAGGAGGAGGAGACGACGAAGAAGAAGAAGCCCAUCAGGCCUCUGCCGUCGAUACUGACGACGGGCUAAUCACAAUGACGCUAGAUGAAGUUAACACAACCUUGGACGAGCUUCCUUCAAAUGCCUCGCGGCAGCAAUCGGUAGACCCCGUGGACGUAGAGCAACUUUCGGAAUGCCUCGAAGUCGAACCCUUAGCUUGGUUCGACGGCCCGUCCUUUCGUCGAGACGUCAGCCACUCAGGAUUGCUUGAACCCGCCAUUGCCGGCUUUUGCUGCCGAUGAGCACUGUAAUUUUUUUUUUUCCAGACAAGCACCGGCCAUCUGCGAGGACUUAGUAUUUUAGAGUUGAAGA